CAGUGGCAAUCGCGUAUCGAAAAACUGUUUUACUUGUUGAACUUGAGUUUAUUGGUAAUAUAAUGGCUACAGCUGUAAAUCCUGAGAAGAAAUUGGAGCCACCGCCAGGACUGAAGGCUUUGAUAGAGCAUCUGGUGUCGGUGUAUCCGGAUCAGCCCAAUCCGCUGCAGGUCACAACGCUGCUCAAGUAUUGGCUUGGUGGUGUCGAUCCGCUCGAUUACAUUUCCAUGUACAGCAACAAUGGUGAGGGACAGGAAGAGAAUGAUUCUUUGCGUAUACCAGCACAUUGGCAUUAUGUUAGUUUUGGCUUGAGCGAUUUGCAUGGCGAUCAGCGCGUACAUCCCAAAGAGGAGGAGCACUCUACGAGAUCGGGCAUGGGCUUUGAGUUGACUUUUCGCUUGGCUAAAACAGAGGCUGAGCUGCAACAACAACGUGAGUGUCCAGACAAACCGCUGAGGCCACCCACAUGGCCUGCGAAUCUGCUGCAGUCUAUUGCACGCUACUGUUUCCAAACUGGCAAUGGACUCUGUUUUGGCGACAACAUACCCUGGCGCAAGAGCUUGGAUGGCAGCGCUAACUCACGCAUGCAAAGUUUGCUGGUGGCGCAGGAUCCACAACUAGGUUCUAUAGAUACGCCCUUUGGCACUGUGGACUUUUGCCAAAUAGUGGGCGUAACUGAGGAGGAAGUAGAGCAGGCUUCACGCUGGAAUGGACGCGGUGUGCUCAAUUUGCUAGGCAAGGAUGUGCAAACAGGCGGCGAUUGGCUGGUUACCAAUAUGGAUCGAGGCAUGAGCGUGUUUGAGUUGUUCCCAGAAACAUUGCUUAACCUGCAAGAUGAUUUGGAGAAGCAGGGCUCUGAUUUGGCAGGCAUCAACGCCGAGUUUACAUUUAGAGAGCUUAAAGAAACCAAAACGAUUAAAGAGGAAGUGGAUUUUCAAACGUUAAACGAACGCUGUGCCAGCGACGAUAACAAUAGACAGUUGUUGGAAUCACAGCUGAAGCGUGAGGAGCCCAGUUUUCCGCAAUCCAUGUCCAUGAGCAGCAGUUCGCUGCACAAGUCCUGUCCGCUAGACAAUCAGCCUCAAGCACCCGACUGCAUAUCGCUGGAAGGCAUUGAAAUAACGCUGGCACCCUAUGCAGCCAAAUAUUUAAUGCUGGCCAUAAAGGAUCGCAUACGUCAUGGCAGACAUUUUACAUUCAAGGCACAGCAUUUGGCGUUGACGCUGGUGGCGGAAAGUGUAACUGGAGCUGCGGUUAGUGUCAAUGAACCCUUUGGCGUAUUGGGCUAUUGGCUGCAGGUGUUAAUACCGGAUGAUCUGGUGCCGCGACUUAUGGAAGCCUUUCGUAAUGCACAGCUGGAUGGCAACGUGGAGCCCACACAGCGUCUGGAGUUUGAUUGGCCGGACAAGAAUUUCAGGCUAAUUGUGGAUCAGCCUGUUUUCACGCUGCCCACGGCCAUGUCCAUAGAGGCGGCGGCAAAUGCGGCUGCUGCUAUUUAAGUGACUCUCACUACUAUAUGUAUUACUCAAGACUAACUGAAAAUGAAUCUUCCACUAACACGUAAGCAUUUAGUUAUAUACACAGCUUAUAUACACAUUAUAUAUAUUAUACUUGAGCAUAAACAUUUUAAAGUGUCAAAAGUGUAAAGUGUCAGAGCAGCACUUGAGUGUGGCCAUUGUACGCCCGUUUGCGUUUGAGCUCAAAAGACGGCGCCACAGCCUCUUCAACUGCUGGGGGUCACAACGGAUAUGCCCACUUUAUGUAC